AUGUCGAAUUUGGUGGAUGACUUCAUCGCCCGGAGGAGAGCUGACACACGCACAGUACGUUCUUCAAGACAUCAGCCAUCUAAAGCUAGAGCCCCUUCCCUAUCCUCGCGCGAACCAGUUGUCCCAAGCGGCACCCAGCAAAUCAAAAUCGAAGAUAGAUCAUAUCCGGUGCAUGAUGCAGGGCGCAUCCACCAAUCAGUCCCACUUUUGGUUGGGUCCGUUACACCUAAUCUCCCCCUCCUGGUCGAAACUCCGCCAGACAAAGCACUCACAACAAACGAAGCACCCACAUCAGACCACACGCAGCUGGUUUUGAGCGGCAAAUUGCAGCAUGUGGCUAAUCCAGCACCUCCAUCAAUUGGCCAUUUGUAUCAGCAGCACCAAAGGGAUAGAAUGACCAUAUCCGCACCACCCGUGCACGGCCAUAUCGUGCAGGGCGUUCCAAACCGGCUUCCGCAAAUCAAACGCCGUUAUGUCUCUCUUCUUGCAGCCAUCGGCAUGGUGAUGGCGUUUGCGUGGGGGUCUUGGCUUGAUAAUGCUGGGCAGAAUAUUGUCGCAAAACACGCAAACAUUAAUGUAUCUAUUGAUAGGCUCGAAAGGGCUUCUGAAACGCUCAACAGCUGUUGCCGCAUCACGCCAGACUGCAUUGCUGCAGUGAAUGCACUGAUCAGUCAAAGUGCGGUAUUGUUAGAUCGAGAUAUCCGCAACGCCGCAGACGCAGCAGUCAAUUUGCUGGGUACGGCUGUUCUUACCCCGCGCGGAAACACAGAAGCUAAACAUGGGCUGUCGUGUUUGCAUACCGGCCAACUUGCAUCUCAACUGCGCGAAGCAACCCAGCAAUGCAUUCUUGUCGCCAGUCGACACAACGAGGCCUUGACGCAUACACGAAGCGCAAGCAGCCAAUUACAACGCACUGUCAGAAAUAUUAGAGCUGAGCGAGAAAAACUGCAUGUGAGUCGGAAGAAUAAACACCGACGAGCUCUAGAGCACGCCAAGGAGCUCAUAGGAAUUUCUAGCGAUUUUACUUAUGAGAGCACUAUAGAGCAGUACAAAGAUAUGGCUGAUACAAUUCACACGUUGGACAAAGCAUGGAACCUAACCGCUUCCUCCAACAACAUACUGCAUAAAGAGUAUGUCGUGUGGAAGGGUGUCGGAGAAAACCUGCAAGAUCUGGUGGCUGAUCUCCACGCCAAGAUUGACGUGUCGAAGCGGAUGGCUACAUGUCUUGGGACACGUGAAUUAAGAGAGAUUUUGCAGGUGGUCAAGGGCGAGAUGGAAAAGGUUGUAUUGUAA